CGGCAUGUGCCAACCAUUCAAUGGAAGUCAUCAAAAGCAUUAAGUGAAAUAUUCGAAAGCCUCAGCAAAAUGAAUACAUACCCGUUCGAAUGAAAUUUUCUGUGAAUAUAUCUUUUGAAAACAGAAAAUUUUCCGUAUACCUUCGAUUCAAUCAGCGAAAGCAAUACAAUGGCGUUAGCAGAAGGCAGAAGGAAAAAACACUAUCAUUAAAUCAUGUUUAGUGUAGCUGAAAUUCAUGGUUACGGUUCCAAAGCACGCAACUAUUUAUGAAGAGUCAUUUCCGUUGUACUAUGCGAAAAGUGAAGCGCGCUACUAUCAAUCCUCAGAAAAUCAGACAUAAAUCAAAGGCCUGCCUGCCCCGUAGAGAGAAAAAUAGAUUCUCGUUAUGUGUUUAAGAAUUACAGCAGCUAAAUAGAGUUCUUUAAACUCAUUGAAUGGAUACUCAUUGCUAUAGAGUCAUUCAAAAGAUGCUAAUGCAUUGAUCUUGACUCAAUUUAUUCGUUUGUUUCAUUGAGUUAUCAAUUGCAAUUGAAUCCAAAUGACGGAAUUGCGAUAACAUAACGAAACAACGGCCGACAAUGAAAUCCGCUGAUUGCAUAAUUUGUUCCAAUUUUUGGUCUCUGAGUGUGCGGUUGUUUUUUCAGCAUUCCACAAAAUAUCUAAACCAAAACUCGAUUUGGAAUCAAAAGUAGGUUCAUAAAAUAAUAAAAUUGCUCAGCAUAACUAUGUUUCGAAUAGUUCGAGUCUCGUGCGCCGAUUCCAAAGUUCAGUGCAUAAACAUAUCGAUAAACAAGAGACGGGCCAAGGGCCAAGAGUGAAACUUGAUACAAAUAUAUCAAUUAUAUUUGAAUUUAUUUGUACACGAGAACGCUUGUUCUCCUCCAUUCGCAAGCGAUAUAUAUUUUACAGGGAAAAAACAACAUACAAGCAAAACGUCAGCGCUGUGUGCUUUGUACUUGUCCAUAAGUUCAGCUGUUUUAUGUGAUUUUGUUGUUGGUUCUCGGUACACAUGCACUGAAAGUCGCGUUCGUUCGUUGUUGUUGCUGGGUUUUCAUUCUGUUUAUUUCGAGUAGCGAGAAAUUAUGAUAGCAACGACCGCGUAGUAUGUAUCUCGUGUGGCGUAACAUCAAGACAGCUGACUCUUUCCAAUACGCUUAUGCGAUUUACUUCGGUUGCCUCUGUUGGUUCCCUUUCGUUUGGUUCAUUUGCUCGCUAACGCGCGCACCAACACACACACAUACACAUGCGGCCCGAAAUGUGCGCUUUCUCUAUAAAUAGACCAUACCUCUAUUGGCUCUAAAUAAAGCCAACCAAUACAUCCUUGGUCGGUUUUUAUUUUUGUUCUAUCUCGCUCUUCUCGAACGUAUGACUAACAAAGAAAGGCCUCCGAGUGAGUGUAUGCGUAUGCAUAUGUGUGUUGGUUCGUAUGUACAUGCGUUCGAUCAUCUGUAAUUUUGUGUUGCUUCAAUUUUUGCGUUCUUAUGCGUACUUUUCUUCAUGAUUUCCCUUUGAUUAUACACGGUAUAAUAUAUGCACCAUUCCAAUUUGCCGAUAUGCGAUAUUCUACGUUUCGUAUACAUUUGCAAUCGCAUUAGUUUAUCCCACCUAUCACUGUGUGAGUACCUAUAUUCACGGGUCGGUAUUUUUUUGUGCACGAGUUGUGAGUUCGUUUCGAUGUGUGCGACACGUUUGACUCAUACAUACACAACACAUUUACUCAUACACAACACAUUUUAUAUUAAUCCAUUGUUUGGUCGUUGAGAUAUGGAUUGAAACAAAUGUUUGCUGGUCUGAGUUUCUCACUUCAGUUUUGUUUUGUAUUUGCUCUUUGAUGCACACGCCAUCGAUUUCAGCUCGCAGUGAAUAUUAUCUCACGAGCGAAGUUUCCCUUAAAUUCUGAACAACGCAAAACUCGUGUGUAAAACAACGUUAAGUGUAGCACAGACAUUUUUAAUAUAAAUUUCGUUCAUUUUAUCACAAACGCUGAACAAAUCUUGAAUAAAACAAACAGUGAUUUUGAAUCGUCAAAAACGGCUGAAACAGAGAUUUUGUUUUUAUCAGAUUUCUACAGAUUUCUAAUACAAAUAUCAUACGCCACGUUCUAUUUCUUGAAUGAACAAAAGAUGUGUUUUUAAUUUGGAAUGGGUUUCAUUAUUUAGUUAGAACAAAUGGAUUAUAGAACAAUAAAGAAGUGAUAAAAUUGAAUUCAACUUUGUAUUGACGUAAAAAAUAUUGUCAAUUUGAAGUUUAGCUACCCGAUUUUAAAUUCUCAAUGAAAAAGAGUAAAAAUAAUUUAAAAAAAAAAUGUAAAACAACAUCUAUAUUAAAAUCUGAAUAUAAUUCAAAAUGAAAAUAAAAUGCUGAAUAAGACAAAGAAUGAAAUAAAUCAAGGGUGUUUUAAUAAAAAAUGCUAUAAAACAAAACAAAAAAAAUAACCGAUAUAAAUCUGUUGAAUAAAAGAGAAACAAUCCAUGACCGUUUGUGUCGCAGUGCGUUGGAAUAAGCAAAUGGCAAUAACGUGAAUAUGCAUAGAUAAAUCAUAGACGUAUGGAGCAAGAAUCAGCAGCAGAAGCAUCAGCAAUAACCAGCAUAAUUCAGGUUUGAGCGAACAAGAAAUAAGCGUGAACAACGUUUAAAAAAACGCAAUUAUACGAAGAGGGGAAGAAAAACAAGACAAGACAACGACCAGUAAACACAGCCAGCAUCAUUUGUGGUGUGUAUACGACGAGAGAGUGAGAGAGAGAGAGAGAGAAAGAGUUCAACAGAGAAGAGACAGGGAGUAAAAUCACUUGUUAAACGUCUCCUCACAUCGUGAUGCAGGAAUAAAAAAGAAAAACGAGCUCGUGCGUGUGUAUACAUUUCUGGUAAUCUCUUUGUAUCUUUGUGUGUCUUGUUCGCGUUGGUUGAAUCAUCAAGCAGAGAAGAGUCAAAAAAGAGUCAAGCACAUGCCAAUCAUCAUCACAGAACUCAGUUCAAAUAAUAAUCAUACAAAAACUCAGAUAAAAUCCCGAGCCACAGCACAACGCAAAACUCUAACGGAUUGGCGAUAAAAUAUGCUUCGAGUAUGCAAAUUUAAAUCAACAAAAAAGACGAUAUAAUCAAAAUCGCAACGACUAGUUAAGCGUUAUACGAGCCCAAUGCGCAGUAAAACAAAAUCUCACUUGAAUCUCGCACGUUCAUCAGAUCGAAAGCCCUAAAGCUAAAAAAUAAACGAAAAAAAUCGAUGAAUCGUCAAACAUUUCAAAGCUAUUCAUAGUUACUGCACUCGAAUCAAACUGCCAACAGCUUUAUGUGCUCGGUGAAACUUGCCCAUCUCACCAUCUAAAUGAAAAUAUAUCGAAAAUGUGAUAGAGUUUUAAGUUUAAAAAAAAAGUUAUUUGAGAAUCUACUGAUCAAUAACAAUCUACUUUUACACUGAACCCAACGGUGUUCAAAUUAACCACACAUACACUACAUUUUCUAAUAAAGAAUCCAUACGAUUGAAUGAACGGUGUUCAAAAUGGUUGACUGUAAUGUGAAUCAACCGAUGAUAAACGAUAAGGAAAAGGAGAGUACAGUGAAUAUGGACAUAAUACUGCCAAUCGCAUCAAUAUCAACAACAGCACCAAAUCUACAGAUAUCAGUAUCGCAACAAUCACCCCGAUCAUCGCCACCAGUUCUAUUGGACAACUUUAAAAAUGAAAACACAACCGGAUCACAACACAAUCUUCAUGUGGAAAAUUACAAUGGCCAUGGUUACGCCAAGAAAGUGCACAACAAUAGCCCGACCACGCAGAAAAAGAAUAUGCAGGUGACGUUAACAAAUCUUCCGAAAUGGCCUCCAGUUGAUGUAGCCUUCAACGAUAUUAAGUUCUCCGUGUCAGAAGGAAGACGACGAAGCGGAUAUAAAACAAUAUUGAAAGGCGUCAGCGGAUUAUUUCGUUCCGGUGAACUGACUGCAAUUAUGGGACCGAGCGGGUCCGGAAAAUCAACACUGUGUAACAUCUUGGCUGGAUAUAGGACAUCGAAUGUAAACGGUACGGUGUUCAUCAAUGGCAAAGAGCGAAACUUGCGUCGAUUUCGUAAGCUAUCCAGUUAUAUCAUGCAAGACGAUUGUUUAAUGCCCCAACUAAGUGUCAAAGAAGCCAUGCUGAUAUCGGCGAAUUUAAAAUUGGGCAAAGAAAUGUCAAUCGAAGCGAAAAAGUUGGUGGUUACAGAGAUUUUGGAGGCAUUAGGUUUAAGUGAAUCGAUCAGUACGCGAACAGUGGAUUUGUCUGGUGGUCAACGUAAGCGUCUAUCAAUCGCAUUGGAAUUGGUCAACAAUCCGCCGGUGAUGUUUUUCGAUGAGCCAACAUCGGGUUUGGAUAGUUCAUCGUGUUUUCAAUUGCUGUCGCUGUUACAGACAUUGGCUCAAGGUGGACGAACCAUUGUUUGUACGAUUCAUCAGCCGUCAGCGCGUCUAUUUGAGAAAUUUGAUCAUUUAUACAUGUUGGCCGAAGGUCAAUGCAUAUAUCAAGGGCGUGUAGGUGGUUUAGUGCCGUUCCUUGCCUCAUUCGGUUAUGUCUGUCCAUCGUAUCACAACCCCGCCGAUUACGUGAUGGAAGUUGCAAGCGGUGAAUACGGUGAUGCGGUGCCAACACUAGUGAUGGCUGUAAAUACAUACAAAAAUGCAAACGCCGUGCUAUUGACGGAGAAUGAGAUCGGCAUCCAAUUACAAGGAAUAUCAAGCGUAUCAAAAAACAUUGCCAACGAUAUCAGCAAAGCAAAGAAUGACAAAGCCAAAAUUCGAACAUCCAUAUCGGCCGCACGAACACAAGACGAUUUGACAUAUUCAAAACAUAGUAACGUUGACCAUACAUUGAUUAAUUUAUCGAAUAACGACGAUUCAUCGUCACAGAAUAAAGUGUCGAAUGAAGUGUGCACGACAUCGCUGCUGGAUUCACACGACAGUGUUGUUACAUUACCGAAUAAGCACACAUUUCCCACAUCGAGCUGGAAACAAUUUUGGAUUCUGUUGAAACGUGCAUUCAAAACCAUUUUGCGUGACAAACAAUUGAUGCACAUGCGUUUGGCGGCUCAUGUGAUUGUCGGCACGAUCAUCGGCAUGAUUUAUUAUGACAUUGGCGGCGAAGCCAGCAAAGUCUACGAUAAUCUCGGUUGCACAUUCUUUACCAUGCUCUUCACCAUGUUCACCGGAAUGAUGCCAACGAUUUUGACAUUUCCACAAGAAAUGGGAGUCUUUGUUAGGGAGCAUUUGAAUUACUGGUAUUCAUUGAAAGCAUUUUAUUUUGCCAAAACUGUUGCCGAUAUGCCAUUCCAACUUUUAUUUUCCGGAGUAUACGUGAUAACGGUGUAUUACUUGACGUCGCAGCCUAUGGAAUUACAACGGAUAUCAAUGUUUGUGUGCAUUUGCGUCUUAACAUCUCUGGUGUCGCAGAGUCUUGGAUUGCUUAUUGGCGCCGGGCUAAGUGUUGAGAGUGGUGUGUUUAUUGGUCCAGUCGCAACCAUACCGACCAUUUUGUUCUCAGGAUUCUUCGUCACAUUCGACACCAUCCCCAGCUACUUGAAAUGGCUCACCUAUGUCAGUUACUCGCGAUAUGGCUUUGAAGGAGCGGUGCUGUCAAUCUACCAAGGUCGGGAAAGACUGAAAUGUUCACAAAUGUACUGUCAUCAUCGUGAUCCGAAAAAAAUUCUCGAUAUGCUAUACAUGACCGAUGCAGAGUACUGGAUCGAUGUGGUGGCAUUAACCACAAUUUUCAUCGGCCUUCGUAUCAUCGCCUACUUUGUGCUGCGUUGGAAAAUCUACUCAAUUCGAUAAAUCGUUCCAUUUCACAUCACCAAUUUUCAUCGUUCAACAAUAUAUUAUUUUAUGCCCCGUGUCCUUUUUUAAGUCACAAUGUGCGAUGCAAUCAGGCGCUGUGCAAUUAUUUUAUUACAUGUGUAACGAAGGGAAUGAAGAACCUUGUAUCUGUGUAAUCUUUUAAUUUUAAAUAUGUGUUUUUUUCUUCUUUGGUUUGUCUAAAUAGCUAUGGUUUCUAUUUUACGAUACAUUGGUGUGCUUAGAAUAAGUAAUAACUACUUAUUUUGUACUGCUUCAAUUAUUUAGGUUAGUUCAAUGGAUAAAUGGUUCAAUACAUUUUUUCCGGUGUAAAAGUGAGAAAUAAGAGAGUGUAAUAAGCCAGACAUUUGCCAAAAUUUCAAGCAUUUUUAUUUAUUGCCAAGAAAAUCGUAUUUUAGGUUCUGUUUUUUUUUGUUCGUCCGCGUGAACGACGAUUGAUAUAGACAAUAUUGUAGUUGUUUAGAAAGGAAAACAUUUGGAUGACAAAUUUCAAUCAGGAUGAUGUUUUAGUAUUUCAUAAUUUGUAUAGAAUCUCAACGGAUACUCACUCGUUAUCACUGCAGAUAAUGACUGUUUGAACAAUUAUUAUCGAUCGAAUGGGAGAAUUGGACCUAACAUGAUUCAAUUUGCAUCCAUUGUUAAUUUUGUCCACGCUGUGAGUGUUGCAUGCGACUGGAUGUUGACAAUUCUAAAAUGAUAUGCGAUUCGAUUAGAUUAGCCUAAACUAAUGUAUGUAUCAACAGCCGAAACUCAAUAGUAGAACACGCUACAUUUCCGCACACAUGUCAAUCGAUUCAUUUUUUUCAUUCAGUUCAGCCAAUUCCGAUUCUAAUGAUUAACGAUUAAAAUUUGUCAAUUUCGGUUCUAACAACAAUAGACAGUUAAAAUAAUAUUAAAUCUAAAGAAAUCGAAUGGGCAGCUCAAAUGCUUAUAAUCAAAUUUUUACAAACACAACUGAUGGAUCAUCUUAUGAAUUAAUUUGACCAACAGACAAAUCUUUUGAAACGAAUCGAAAAUGAGAGAGAUUCUGUGAUUCAAAAUAAUACAACUUAUGAUGUAAUUAAUAUUAAUUGAUUAUAUUAUCAAAACACAAAUACAUAACAAAGCGACAGAAUUAUUAUUACUCAAAGUGUACUAACAACUGAACCCCAAAAUCGUUUUAACCGACCGAGAAAGUUAACACAAAAAUAAAGAUGGACAAAAAAUGAACAAUUGAAUAGGAAUAACCACAACAAAAUAGAUGUUUUUACUGUAAUAUUUAGCGUAUAGUAAGGCGGAUUAUUUGUAUGAAUACAAAAUAGAACGGUGUAUUUGACCACCAAAAUGCUCAAGAGAUAUAAAGCUUAAACGGAAAACACCUGUCAUGGCAUAUGUUAUGUUGUAAGCCUGUAAUUUCCCAGCUCCAACUCAUAAAUAAACUCAGUCUUAGUCAUCCAGUUAGAAUGGAAUCUCUCCCCAGUCGAAGUGUUUGCAUUUGCAAAACAUUCAAAUAAAAUAGUGCGCAUUAAAUCAUUUCCGAUUUUGCCUUGGAUCAACUCAACCAUAUUAUGGAAUUAUAAGUACAUUUUUAAACAUUCUCAAAAACCCUUUUUUGUCCCACAAUAUUUUCGAUCAAUUUUUCGCCUCAAAUUCAAUUAAAACCAACUGCAGAAAAUUAUACAAAGGAAACUACACAAAAAAACGACCAAUUGAAAAAUCAAUCAGACUCUCAGUUCAUUGACCGAUAAGAUUAGAAAAAAAAGAAGAUAAAACCUCUCGAAACAAAAUCAUCAAGAUAAAAGAAAUAAAUCAUGACAAACAAGUGAUUUCGUCGGAACAAACCAAUUUCAAAUUUCGUUAGUAAUUAAAUACAAAAUUUAUAUGUAAAUUUUUAGUAUUAAUGACAAAAUGGUAAAAUAAAAAAAAGAAAAGAAAAAAACAGAAAAAAA